AUGGAUUCCCAGUUGAAACAUGAUCGAGCCAGGGAAAUCAAAGAAUUUCGUGAAACAAAAGCAGGGGUCAAAGGCCUAGUGGAUUCCGGGAUGGUAAGAAUCCCAAGAAUGUUCGUCCAUGACGAAAAACUACUAGCUGAAUAUCCCACCAAUAACAAUCUCCUGGUGCCUCUGAUUGAUCUGAAAGAUCUUCAAUAUGGUGAUCAUCAACGGAAAGAAAUUGUUGAUCAGAUUCGUGGAGCAUUGGAGACAUGGGGAUUUUUCCAAUUGAUCAAUCAUGGAAUACCCAUUAGUAAACUGGACAAGUUACUAGAAUGUCAGAAACGGUUCCAUGAACAGCCCGCAGAGGUGAAGAGCGAACUUUAUUCUCAUGAUCCAAAGCAAAAUGUGAGAUUCUUCACCACUUCGUCUCUAGACGGCAAUCAGCCAACCGACUGGCGUGAUACGUUGUCAUUCAGGUUUCCAGAAGAUAUAUUGGACCCUCAUGGUUUACCAACAAUUUGCAGAGAAGCUGUUGUUAGCUAUAUGGAAUGUUUAUUGAAGCUAGAGGACACUCUCUCUGGUCUAUUUUCUGAGGCUCUUGGCCUCAACAGAGACUAUCUUUCAAGAAAUGGGUGGUUGAAAGGUGGACAGUUUGCUUGUCACUAUUACCCAACUUGCCCAGAGCCACACUUAACUCUUGGCGCUAGGCAGCAUUCAGACCCGUCAUUUCUCACAAUACUCCAGCAGGACAACGUUGGUGGCCUCCAACUUCUUCAUCAGAACCAUUGGGUGGACGUGCCUCCGACCAAAGGAGCUUUGGUUGUAAAUGUUGGAGACUUCGUGCAGCUGAUUAGCAAUGACAAGUUCAAGAGCGUGAAGCACAGAGUACUAGCUAAAUCAGAUGUCCCGCGACUAUCAGCUGGCUGUUUCUUUAAUCGGAGUUCGAAACCCAUUGGACCGUUGAAGGAGCUUCUAUCCGACACAAACCCUCCAAUAUAUCGGGAAAUUCAUCUUUCUGAGUAUUAUACAGUUUACACCUCAAAAUGGACGCAUGGUACGAGGCUUAUAGAUCGUUUUAGGUUAUGA